AUGGACCCGCGAAAACCCCCGGAACACGUAAUCGACGUGUUCGCCGACCCCGCGUCUGUGAAAGAUGUCCUCAAAGGCAUCCUCCACACCAUCUUCUUCCACCGAUAUUUUCCCUGCGUUCGCCCCGACACCUUCGACGUUCUAGACUUAACCCUCCCCGCUGUCGACGACGUGGAAGUCGAAACCCUAAUCGAUUCUCGCAUAAACACCCUUAUUCGGCAACAUCUUUCCCCCGCCUCGAACUCUCCCAACGGUGGUGUCCGCGGGCGCAUAGCUGUGCAGUUCUUCGAAAAGAAGCGACGAAAAGGUGGACUCUGGUUCGGAGCGCUUGCUGGAAAGAAUGAAGAAGCAGUGUGCUGGGAGAUAUGGACCGUUGAUGUGACAAUCGCUACACCGAGAACCGAGUCAGAUCGGGCGAAGGUACGAAAAGCUAUGGAGAAAACGUUGCAGAAGGCCGCCUUCAAAAUUCUUGCCAUUGCCAAUCAAAGCAAGGACCAUAUCCCGCCCAUUACGACAAGUGACGCGAAUCCAUUUCCAUUCCAAAUCAUUUUAAAUCCCAAAUUGGACAAUUGGGGCAACAAACUUGGGUUUUAUUGACUGAUACCCCUUUUUGUUGUUUGCUGUGAUGUUUGGCAUUUGAGACAAAUACAUGCCCACGACUGUACAUGAGCCACGCUCAACUGAAAACCGAAAUAGGGAAAGAAUUUCCACCCUGAGCUACGCUAUCAUCCAGAGACGCAGAUAAUGUCCUAUCGAUUUGCACGAUAAACAAGAAACCCGACAACAAAAAAAAAAAAACAGGAAUGAUACAAAACAACCGAACCAGCCUCAACAGCCGCCCCUUCUAAUACAAAUCCCGUCAAGGUUCGAGGCACUCAACCCCAUCGAACACUUGUAUAUAAGCAGCUACUGCGUUCCCUCGAUCUCUCUCAUAAAGUUGUGCGUCUCCACGGCGCUGAUCGAGCAUUUGGACCUCUUAAGAACGGAGGAAUCUUAGGACAAGCCAAAAUUGGUUUUUUGCGGGCUUCAACGUCCUCAAUCACUGAUUCCUACCAUCUACCAAGAGGCUCUUAGGUAGAGUGCUCCUUGGUGGCCUUAUCGGCUUGCGAACGCAAGUUGGAGGAGGUGGAGCCGCUCUGGAAGUAGCGGGAGAACACCGGCUGAAUGAAGGAUCCGAAAACGAUUUGGGCACCGCUAUUACAGUGAUCAGAGAAUAGGUCUAUUCCAAAGGCAUGGGGCCAUAUGCUUACUGAGUCUGUGGAAGGGCCAUCCACAAAAUAAGCACAAACUUGAAAAGGUAGUAGAAGGCUAGGUAUCUGUUAGCACCAAUUUCAAAAUGAUACUUUGGCA